UCCAUUGUUGUGCUCUUUGAAAUUUUUUCUAGAGCUUAUUCAUUUACUCAAGUUCCCUUUCUUUGUUACGCAUUUCUUUGAGUUUUGUUAAGCAAGGAUUGUUUGUUUCCAUCUUCUUCUUCCUUGUGUGUUUGAGCCUGAAUAUACUUCUAAUAGCUCUCUGAAUAUCCUUUGAGGUUUUCUUUGUUUUUAAUCAGGUUCCAUACGCUUUGGUAAGUUUAUAAAUACAUGACACCUCAACAAAAUGGUUUAUUGGAGAGAAAGAAUCGGGUCCUUCAGGAGAUGGCAAGAGUGAUGUUAAAUGCAAAGAAAUUGCCAAAGAGAUUAAGGGCCGAGGCUAUCAACACUGCAUGCCACAUCUCAAAUACGGUGUUCUUAAGAAAAGAUUACUCAGAGUUUUCUCAGGAAGAAGAAAUUAUUAACAUAACUGUUCCUCACAAUGUGACCACCAGUCAAGAUGUUGUGACCACAUUGAACUCUCCUAAAGCUAAAACGAGUGUGCCGACAUCCGUAUUUAGUGUGAGCACAGCUAGAGCUCAACAAGGACAAGCAUUAGCUUCACGAAGUGAUGGACUUUUACUGAUUGUUGAUUUAUCUGAUGAGAUUACUCAGAGAAAGGCGUCCAUAAGGAAAGACCACCCUCAUGGAUCAAGAAAGCACACCUACCAUCCACUGUGAUUGGAAAACCCAAAGAGGUAAUGGUUACUAAAAUAAGAAGGUUAAGUGAAAUUAACCACUUAACCAUCUGGUUUGGGAGUCAUUGACCUAAAGCCCACUACACGUGUUAGAGUAUAUGCC